GUGUUUAUUAAUAUAUUAUAUAUAUGGCUGGCUCUUGGGUUUCUAUUCGUCACUGCUGGCGCCAGCAAUCAUUUCAAACUUUUAUAAAAGAAGUGGGAGCAUCGACACCACUUGGAGUCGGAACCACAUUCUUCCCCAUCACUAAGCUUCGUCGGACAACCACGUCAAUGGCAACCUCAACCGUGCAUGAAGUUCGCCCUCCCACGUUGUCUUCGUCCUCCGACCCUCCUCCUGUAUUUGAUGGGACUACCAGGUUGUACAUGAGUUAUGGCUGUCCAUUUGCACAACGCGUAUGGAUUACAAGGAACUACAAGGGACUACAAGACAAGAUCCAGUUGGUUCCUCUCGACCUUCAGAACAGGCCUGUUUGGUAUAAAGAGAAAGUCCACCCCGAAAAUAAGGUGCCAUCGCUGGAGCAUGAUGGGAAGGUUUUAGCAGAAAGUCUUGACCUGAUCAGAUACGUGAAUGCUAAUUUUGAAGGGCCAGCGCUGCUUCCUGAAGACCCUGAAAAGAAAGAAGUCGGGGAGCACCUGUUAUCAUAUGUUGAUACUUUUACCAGAGAUGUCUUUUCUUCAUUAAAAGGAGAUCCUGUAAAUGCGACCAGUGCUUCUUUUGACUACGUGGAGAAUGCUCUCGGUAAUUUUGAGGAUGGCCCAUUCUUCCUUGGCCAAUUUAGUUUGGUGGAUGUUGCGUUCAUUCCGUUUUUUGAAAGAUUCCAAAUAAUCUUUUCUGAGAUAUUUAAGCGUGAUAUCACAGCUGGAAGACCUCGACUAGCGGCAUGGAUUGAGGAGCUGAACAAGUAUGAUGCUUAUAAACAAACAAAACUUGAUCCUCAUGAGUUUGUUGAAGUUUUCAAGAAUCGCUUCAUGGCUAAGUAGAGGGCAUGAGAUGAGCUAAGGGUUUGUUUGGGACGCUGGCUGAUAUCCAAAUAUUUAACAUAGUUGCUUGUGUGGAAUGCUUGAAGUGAAUUUACAGUUUGCAAUAAUGUUUCUGCAAAAGUAUGUGCACACACCAAUGUAUAAUUUUGAAGUCCACUAAAAUAAAGAAAUGACUGUUGUUAAAAAAA